CAUAUGAUCUGUCGGCUACUUCUUCCUGUUUGCCGUCAAGAAGUUUCACCGAGCAGCUCCCAAACAAACGAACAUGGCCGACUUUGAGGAGCGGCAGAGCCUGUUGGGGGACGAACAUGAGGGGUCGUUCACCGGCAGGCAGGCGACGAGAGGACCCGACAAACCCAUGUCCGCCAUAUGCGACCCGAGCCACCUCCUGCACCGAGUGGUCGUCCUGGUUUUCAUGUGUUUCCUGGGAUUCGGGAGCUACUUCUGUUAUGACAAUCCAGCUGCACUUCAAACUCAAGUCAUCCAGGAUCUGAACCUGAACACUGCAAAGUUCAUGCAGCUGUACGCCUGGUACUCCUGGCCCAAUGUGGUGCUCUGCUUCUUUGGGGGAUUCCUACUUGACAGGGUCUUUGGCAUCAGGGUGGGAACCAUCAUCUUUUCCCUCUUUGUCUGUGUAGGACAGGUGAUAUUUGCUACUGGAGCGUUAGUGAAUCGUUUCUGGCUGAUGGAAGCUGGACGUUUUGUUUUUGGUAUUGGAGGAGAGUCCUUGGCUGUGGCCCAAAACACAUACGCAGUUAAUUGGUUCAAAGGCAAGGAGCUGAAUCUGGUGUUUGGUCUUCAGCUGAGCAUGGCGCGACUGGGCAGCACAGUGAACAUGAACAUCAUGGGCUGGGUGUAUAGCAGAGUUGCAGAUGGUCUUGGUUCUGUUGGGCACACUGCACUGGGCACAUCACUCAUGAUAGCUGCCGUAACCUGCCUGUUUUCUCUAAUCUGCGCCUUGGUGUUGGCGUUCUUUGACAGAAGAGCUGAGAGGAUCCUCCACAAGGAACAAGGGGGAACAGGUGAGGUGAUCAAGCUGACGGAUGUGAAAGAUUUUCCUUUGACCCUGUGGCUCAUCUUCAUCAUUUGUGUGGGCUACUAUGUCGCCAUUUUCCCCUUUAUUGGACUGGGACAGGUGUUCUUCAUUGAAAAAUUUGGCUUCUCCCCUGCUGAGGCCAGAGCUGUCAACAGUAUUGUUUACAUCAUCUCGGCCCCCGCAUCUCCAGUUCUUGGCUUUAUGGUGGACAAGACGGGCAGGAAUGUGGUUUGGGUGAUAACUGCCGUGGUAGCAACACUCGCCGCUCACAUGAUGCUGGCUUUCACCUUCUGGAACCCCUGGAUCGCCAUGUCUCUGCUUGGCGUCUCUUACUCCUUACUGGCGUGUGCACUGUGGCCUAUGGUGGCCUUCGUGGUGCCUGAGCAUCAGCUAGGGACGGCCUAUGGCUUCAUGCAGUCCAUCCAGAACCUGGGUCUUGCUCUUAUUGCCAUAGCAGCAGGAGCCAUCCUAGAUUCCAGAGGGUACCUGGUUUUGGAAGUGUUCUUCUGUGCCUGCAUUUGCAUUGCACUGAUAGCAGUGGUAAUGCUUUACUUUGUGGAUUAUCUCAGAGGAGGAUAUUUGAACCAGUCAGCUGGAGCCCGACACGCAAAACAGAAAGAAGGCUCUUCAGACGCAGAAUGAUGAUGGUGAUGAGCGAACACACAUGGUCCUGGGCUGCAGAGCCAGCAGGCUGCACUGUCCACCCCAGAGCUUUUAAUCUGCUGCCAUGGGGCAGGACUGCGCUUCUGACUCCGCUCAGUGAUCUCAUCUGUGGUUCUUCACAACACAACUGACUGUCUGGCUGUUGCAUAACCCUUGUACAAAGAAAAAAAAAACAAAACAACUGAUUGCAUCCUAUCAAGACACUCACAAGGCCAAGUUUGGACUCAACGUUUACUCUCUGACAUCUCAUACUGACUUCUACCUGUAUCCACUCACCACUCACACACCGUGCGCGUGUGUGUGUGUGUGGCAAACUUUCACAUGAGGGAAGUUUGAAUACUUGAUAGGAUGCUUGUGUGUUUUAAAAUCUGUUAAGAUUCAUCAGACUUUUGUUCAUCAAGAAGGUGCCUAUCUUUUUUUUUUUUGACACGUCUUUGAGGUUUACUUCUUGCUAUUGCCACUUAUGAUAAGGAAUUAUUUUCUUAAUUCAUUUAUUUUAUAGGAUACUUGGCUGACUUUGUGGCCAUUUUUAUAGUUAUUUUUUUAUCAUUUGUUUAAUUUUCACAAAUUGUUUUAACUAACUACUGGCAAUGAUUUUAUUGCUGACCCCACAGCAGCUCGUUUAUGUACAUAUCAUUUGUUAGCAUUAACAGUAAUUGCUAACCAAAAUCUUCCUUACUAGCCUCUCCAGGCUUCUUGUUCAGUUUUAAUCAUAUGCACCAUUGACCUUUCAUGGUGGAUAAUCUCAAAAAGAGCGUUGCUCUUUAUCGUUUAAAUCAUAACUGCUCAGUUAUUUUACUUCUUUAUCUGCUCUUUUGCUGAUUUGGUUCAUAAACGUUCAUUUUGUGUCACGACGUCAAGUGGUGCAUUGCUGUAAAGAUGAGAAAAAUAAGAAAAGCGCACUAUUGAAUGCCUUUGUAAUGACAUGCACAGUGUCGGCUUUUUAUAAACGGUCGUCAUCAUGACCGUUUGAAGAAUCAGAUGUUUUGUAGAUGGAUUUUUGUGCGAUUAUCAAGCUCAGGUACGUAACGUCUUGUAAGCACUACCCCUGAUUCCGCAAAAUACUAACGUGUUCUGCUUAACUCUCACCAUUCCAGUCAUGUGGGAAGAGAUUCGUCUCCCUGUGUUGGCAUCAGGGUCGCACACUGUGGAUGAGUAACAUUCACUACCUCAGUUGGGCAAAUGAGUCCUAGUUAUAUUCUAAACGACACAUUCAGCAGAUGUAUGACAAUUGUCAGUAGCAUAAACUUUAAAUGCUGUUCAUUGCACAUUUAAAUGACGACCACGUGGUAAAGUCUGGACGUGCUGCUCUCUGCGACAGCGGUGCAGUCUUUGUGUUCAUCUAUCAAGUAUUAUUGACCUGUGUGCAAAAAAAUGAUUAGGUUACUGAAGACUCAUUGUAGAAACGUGAAGCAAAACAAAAAGUUUUGGUUGAACCAAAUCCCAUUUGAUAGACAUAUGCAUUAAACCUGAUUUUUUUUGUAA